GUGCAGGCCCCUGCACCGUCCGCGCGUUGCCCAAACCGCUAAACAGAAAUUCAAAAAAUCAAAGCCUCCAAAUCAAGGAAAACUCGUAAAAAUGGUGAUUCCACUUGAAUCCCAAAACCUCUUUGCCUCAGUUGACAUGGGCACAAACACCUUCAAACUCUUAAUCAUCCAUCUUGAACCCUCCUCCGCCAAGUUUACCACCAUCCACAACCACUCAGACGCCGUCGCUUUGGGCCGCAAUUCAUCUCCGUCGUCAUCAUCGCCAUCAUCACCGCCGUUAAUUUCCCCGGACUCCCAAUUCCGGGCAAUUGAAUCCCUCAAGAAAUUCCAAGAAAUUUUACGGUCCCACAACGUGACUCGAACCAGGAUGGUCGGAACUUCAGCCAUCAGGGAGGCCGGAAACCGGAGCAUCUUCCUAAAUGAGGUGAGAGAAAAUCUGGGUUUUGAUUUCCAUGUAACUGUGCUGUCUGGGGUUGAAGAAGCUAGGUUAAUUUACCUUGGUGUGCUUCAAUUUUUGCAUGUUUAUGAUAAAAGGGUUUUAACUAUAGAUAUUGGAGGUGGGUCUACUGAAUUUGUGAUAGGGGAUCAUGGGGAGGUUGUUUAUGCUGAUUCAUUAAGAUUAGGGCAUUUGACGCUGACCCAAAAUUUUGGGGAGAGUGAUUUGGUUGGACUUAGGGGUUAUGUUCGUGAGCUGAUUGAAGGAUCUGGGUUGGUUGACAAAGUGAAAAUUUUGGGAUUUGAGGUUGCAGUUGGAUCAUCUGGGACGAUUCGAGCUGUUGAGAAUGCGAUAUGGUGCAGUUAUGGAUGUGAUGACAGGGAGAAAGGGGGUAUGAGGGUUUUGGAGGAGGGCAGUAGGAGGAAUUUGUGGUGGUUUAGUAGGGAGGAGUUGAGGGAUCUUGUGGAGAGAUUGUGUACGGUUGAGUUUAGUGAGAGAGAAAAGGUUAGGAGAGACGAGUUCUUUGGUAGGAGGUCGGAGUUCAUUGUGGCGGGUGCAGUUCUUUUGGAAGAAAUUAUGGAGUUGCUUGGGAUUAGUGAGAUGCAGGUUUCCAAGUAUGCGCUGGGAGAAGGUGUAGUGGCUGAGAUGGUCUCUGGGGAAUUCCCGGAGUUUGAUUUGAACGCCAAUGUGAGAUGGAAAUCAAUAAUGAGACUUUCCAUGAGGUUUAAUGGAAAUGAUAGGAUGAGAAAUGGUGUUCAGUGCUCUGCUAUCGCGAAGGAUAUAUUUGAAGGUUUGAGGAAGUACACCAAGGUUUUUGAAGAUCAUUUUACUGAUGAUGUAUGCCUUGAUGAAAAGGAUUUUGAGUAUCUUGAAGCUGCUUGUAUGCUUCACAAUAUUGGUCUCUAUCUUGGGAAAAAGGGCUACCAUAAAAACUCCUAUAGUAUUGUCAUGGAACACAGCCAACUAGAUGGUUACACAAGUGAGGAGAUUCAGUUGAUAGCACAACUUGCCAGACAUCAUAGGAAGAAGUUCCCAAAUUUUGAGUAUACUUCUCUCCAAGGUUUCCCAAGAGAGAAAUUUGGAAUUCUUUGCUCCAUUUUACGUUUAUCAGUCAUCAUUCAGAAGCACAAGAUAUUGAAGCUUGGAGAGAUCAAAUUUGAUGAUUCUAGUGAAAGUUUUGUACUGGUUCUGGUAAAGAAGGGGGACCAACCUAUACUUCUAGAUUCAAAGUCAUUGGCCAAGGACAUUGAAACAAAAACCAGGAAAGAAGCCGAGUUCUUUGAAGGGGUCUUUCAUCAGAAGUUAUUGGUUGUAGUUGAAAUGGACGGCUCAGAGUCAUCAGCAAGACAAUGAUGUUUGCCGAAUUCCUGUUGAAAUUUUCGUUACCAUGGGAGAACUUGGAAACCGGUGCAAUUCGUGGAUAUUUCUUAUUCAGGAGAGGAAACAUGGAAAUCGACCAAGUAGUUGGCGGAUUUUAUCAGUCAGGUUGAGCAGAAUGAGCUGUUGAGCACUAAGAGAUUGAUUUUUUUCCGUUCCAUGAAGGUUAUAAACUGUUAACUCAGACAAACACUAAGGGCGUCUUCCUUAUGGGUCGAUUGUGUGUAUUUGCUACGUUUAACCGAACACUUGGUGUUGCAGUCGCCUUGAAGAAUGAGUAAGCAUUGUAAUAAUAGCUAUGAAGAAUUGAAUAGACUCUAUACCUUGAAGUUGUGCAGACACUAAGUAUGUGGUUGCGAUAACGGGCCCCACUGCUCGGUCCGUGGAGGAUGACUCAGACUCACAUAUGGAGUACUCCAUAGUAGACUAUAGCCGGCACCCGGCAUAAGGAUGCUAGAUGAAGCUGAAGCUAGUCCCUCAAAAGUGCUAUUCCCAGUGGGGAGAUAUGAUAGUAUGUAAUUAUGAAGUUACAAAAGUUCCUUGUAAUAAUUCGAUUUUAAUUAUUUUUUUAGAAUUCA